UGCUCGCUCUCUCUCUCUCUCCCCCCUUUAUAAGGCCUGCCCGCCUUAGUGAGAGACUGAGAAGGCGUGUGUGAGAGAGACACAAAUUAAAUGGAGGAGAGAACUGACGAAAGGAGGAGAAUGAAGAUACUGUGUCUCCAUGGAUUUAGAACCAGUGGAAGUUUCUUGGAAAAACAAAUCAGUAAAUGGGAUCCUUCUAUCUUUCAUCACCACUUCGACAUGGAGUUUCCAGAUGGAUUCUACCCUGCGGGAGGCAAAUCGGACAUUGAGGGCAUCUUCCCACCACCUUACUUUGAGUGGUUCCAAUUCGAGAAGGACUUCACAGUGUACACCAAUUUGGAAGAAUGCAUUUCUUACUUGUGCGAAUACAUGACAACCAAAGGACCCUUUGAUGGUUUGCUUGGCUUCUCUCAGGGAGCAACACUAUCGGCGCUUUUGUUGGGAUACCAAGCACAGGGAAAGGUGCUGAAGGAUCAUCCACCCAUAAAACUAUUUGUAUCAAUAUCAGGUUCAAAGUUUAGGGAUCCAAGCAUUUGUCAGAUUGCCUACAAAGACCCCAUCAAAGUCAGAUCUGUCCACUUUAUAGGAGCCAAGGAUUGGUUGAGAUUGCCCUCUGAGGAUCUUGCCACCUCCUUUCACAACCCUCUCAUAAUAAGGCACCCACAGGGGCAUACUGUCCCCAGACUAGAUGAGGAUGCCGUGGAGAAGUUACGCGGUUGGACCAAAGAGAUCCUCUCCAACUAUAGGGAUAAUGCCGGAGCAAAGGUUGAAAACAGUAACCUGCAUGAGGCAGCUUGUAAGAUUCUGGUGGAAGAGAGCGGUGAUCUAAUGGUGAAGACAGAAGCUGGAGUAGCAGAGACGAUCCAAGCUUGAACGAUUAUCAAAGGUUACUUAAGUGUAUCUUACUGCUUAAUGGAUAUCUCUCUUCUUCCAGCUUGUAUUUUCUUUUAUCUUUUCGUUUCUUUUUUCCUUUCAAGUUUGAGUACCUGAAGUGUUGAUUAAGGAUUCAAUAUGUUGGUAGUCCUUAAUAUGCAAGUUAAGUGCUAGUGUGUGAGAGCUCAAAAAACGGAGGCAGGAUACUAACUAACUAUCUUUACCAAAAAAAAAAAAGAAGUAAUAACUACCGAGGUCGUACUUUCCCCCCGCCCCCCCCCCCUAAGCGGUAUACAUCAGCGGGGAUUAAGGGUAAUUAAUAAGUUAGCCCACAAGGGGUCCAAAGGCUGUCCAUAUCCUUGAACCACAAUCGCUCCUGAUGAGGCAAUGUUCAAUGGUUUUCAAUCAGUUCUUCUUAAAGUUUAGCAUUGCUUAUUAAUUUUCUAGUUUUUUGAAAUUUCAGGUGAUUGGAGAAGUAAACGUUGAUGACUUUAUUAGGAUGAUGAGGAGAACUUUAUAUGGGUACUAGAAUCCUGCUGUACAAUGUUAUAUGUUCCAACUUAUGAACAUAUAUGCCGAUUGUCUGUUUGUUUAAUGCGGUCAGAUAAUAUUGCUGAAUUCUGAACAUUUUGCAGCUAUUGUAAUUUGUAUGAGUAGUUUGUUUGCAUUCGGAAAGUUUUCAUUCUGCAGAAGAAUUCCUAAUCUACUAGAUGAAGCAGAGGAUGAGUAGAGCAUUAUGGCUGUGUAUUUUUCGUAAAACAUGCUGCAAUGGACUUAAAAAUUUUCUGCCGUAUUAAGUAAUGGACUUAAUUAUUAUGGUGCA